UAAGCGUGAGCAAGGAUGGAAAAUCUUGGGCAUGGAAGCUUGGUAGAUACUGUAUUCUCUUGGACUCUCAACGAUGUUUUCAACGAAAAGCUUUUCAAGCACAAGGUGAGGAAGAUUCCGCAGACAUUCCACUCCAUAAAACAUUACAUGAAUUCAUUCAUUCCUGCAUUGAUUGAGGAAACACACAGUGACCUGUCUUCAAGCUUGAUGAGCGUGUCUCAAGCUCCUUUUUCUGAAAUCAACACCCUUCAAAGGGCUACGGACUUCCAAUUUCCCUAUGAUUUGUUCUAUCAGCUUACCUUGAAGGGCGUCACUGAUGAUGUGAAAGGUGCACGAAAGUAUGAACCUGAGACUGGAGAUGUCAUUGCAUUCACAAAUGUAAGACCUAGACGCAUAAAUGACUUGAAAAUGACCAAAGAAUAUUGUUAUAUUGCUUAUGUUCUUAAGUCCCCAGAUAUAUUUAGUGCUGAAAUCACUAUACUGACAUCUAAGUUCAUGGAGAAUGAUAUUGAAAUUGACGUGAGCAGCAACGAAUCACAAAAGCUUUAUGCAGUGUAUCUCAUGAACAUGACAACAAAUAUUCGUAUUUUGAAUGCCUUGACUUCGAGAUUGGAGGGUGCAGACACGAACAUUCUUACGAAAGUGCUAGGUGCUGAUUUAACGAACGGAGAAAACUGUCACAUUUGUUUAUCAGGAGAAAAUUGUAGCUACAGUACUGCUGCACCAACUAUAACGAGUGCUCAUAAUCUAAAUGAGUCUCAAAAGAAUGCAGUUUUAAGUUCUGUCACAAUGAAGAAAUGUGAGCAUAACGACAAUAUUAAACUUAUAUGGGGUCCACCAGGGACCGGGAAAACGAAGACAGUUGCUUCCUUGUUACUGUACCUUUUCAAGCUUAAAACCAAAACAUUGGCAUGUGCUCCAACUAACACGGCCGUGUUGGAAUUGGCUGUUAGGCUGCAUGGUUUGGUUAAGGGUUCUGUUGAUACACCUGAGUGUGAGACAUAUGGGCUUGGUGACAUAGUGCUAUUUGGGAAUCGUUCUAGGAUGAAAAUUGAGUGUUACAAGGGUCUUGAGACAGUGUUUUUGGACAAUCGUGUUGAUGAAUUGUUGAAAUGCUUUUCUCCAGAUAUUGGUUGGACAUAUUACCUGGAAUCGACUAUCAAGUUUCUAAAGGAACCUGAAGAGGCUUACUUUUCAUACAAGAAUCGCGUGGAGGAUGAGAAUCUUAUGUCAUUAGAAGAAUUUGCUAAGCGAAAAAUCAAUAACGCAGACAUUGCAUAUGUUUCAUAUAAGAAACGCGUUAGGAAGAAUCGUGAUCCAAUGACAUUUGAGCAAUUUCUGGUGAAAAAAUACGCUUAUAUCGUAGACCUAUACCAGGCCUACAAGGAUGACAAAAAUGUAAGUGCAGGCAUGGCAGAGGAGCAAUAUAUAAAGCAGAGGUUGAGUUACUUUAGAGAGAAGCUGAAUGAACUAAGGCGAACCUUGUACACUCACAUGCCAACAUCUUUUAUUCCAUUAAAUGUGUUGAACAUGAUGUUGAAAGCUAUGAAUUUGCUAAAAUCUCUUGAAGUUUCCACUGGUCAAAAUGUUUCCAAGCACACAAUCUCUGAUUUUGAAGAUAAACAAAGCGUUAAUGGUCGCCUUGGAUUGUUAGGCUUGGAAAGAGAUGAAUGCCUGGUCAUUCUAAGUAAACUUUCUCAGUCAAUUUCACUUCCCAACCACCUUAGAAACGAAAAAGACAUAUCACAAUUUUGCUUGGAGAAUGCGUGCCUUGUUUUUUGUACAGCUUCAAGUUCUUCUAAAUUGUACACGAAAAAUAUGAAACCAUUCAGAUUUGCAAUCAUUGAUGAAGCAGCGCAACUAAAGGAAUGUGAAUCAGCCAUUCCAUUACAACUUCCAGGCCUUCGUAGAGGAAUCCUCAUAGGUGAUGAGAGACAACUUCCUGCAAUGGUCAAAAGCAAGAUUGCUGAAAGGGCUGAAUUCGGAAGAAGUUUGUUUGAAAGGCUGGUGUUGUUGGGAUACAAGAGGCAUAUUCUCAAUGUUCAAUAUAGAAUGCGUCCAGCCAUUAGCAUGUUCCCGAAUAAAGAGUUCUACGAUCAGCAACUUUCUGAUGCUCCACUUGUCAGAGGAAUAAGCUACGAUAAAAGUUUUCUUGAUGGGAAAAUGUAUGCUUCAUAUUCUUUUAUAAACAUUUCUAAGGGUAAAGAACAGUCUAACACUGAUCAUAGUUUGAUGAACAAAAUCGAGGUUGCAGCUAUUUCUGAGAUAAUUGGAAAUCUUAAAAAAGAGUUUUUGAAGACCAGGAAGAAAGUUAGUGUAGGAAUCAUAUCACCAUAUAAGGCUCAAGUUUAUGAAAUCCAACAGAAAGUUAAGCAGUACAUCUCAGCUUCUGAUUCUCAGUUCUCUGUUAGUGUUCGUUCUGUUGAUGGUUUUCAAGGUGGUGAAGAAGAUAUUAUAAUAUUAUCUACUGUGAGAUCUAAUGGGAGUGGAAAAGUAGGUUUUCUUUCCAAUAGGCAAAGAGCAAAUGUUGCUCUUACCCGAGCUAAAUACUGCCUUUGGAUAUUAGGAAAUGCUGCAACAUUACUCAAUAGCAACUCUGUAUGGAGAAAACUGGUUCUUGAUGCUAAGGAAAGAGACUGCUUCCAUAAUGCUGAUAAGGACAAUAAAUUGAGUCAGGCUAUUGAAGAUGCUAUUCUUGAGCUUGAACUUGAUGAAUCUCAGUCUCAGUUUAAGAAACUCACAUUGGUAGAAAAGUCUGAAAUUGCCACUAAUUUUUCCAGGUCAUACAAACCAAGAAGGUGAUGCACCAUGGCAUGUGGUUAAUGAAUUCAUUGUGAGGUUCUGAUUCAUCAAAGACACUGAAGUAUAUAGCUUACAAAGUGAUGACUGAGUUCAUUGGAUUUUGAAUUCUUUUGCCUAAAGGACUUAAAGUUUGUAAUAUUCGUA